AUGGUGAAGCAGGCUGUCCCUUUGCAGCUCGUGGGAGUUAAUGGUGGAACAGGUAACCACGUGCAGUUUGUGGAGGCCCCCACACCAGAGCAGGUGGAUGUGUCUAAAGGAGACUGUGACCCCAUGGGAAGCCCAUCCUGGAAAGGGUGUGGAGAGAGAGAAGCCCAUGCAGAGCAGCUUUGCUGGCAGGACUUGCAACCCUGUGGGGGACCCACACUGGAGCAGUCCAGUCCUGAAGGACUGUACCCCAUGGAAGAAGCAUCGCAGGUUCAAAAGUCCUCCAGAAAAGCCUUUUCUCCCAAAAUUCUGAUGAAAGGCUAUCGUGCGGUUUUAACUUCGUCGUGGCAAGAACGUGAUGAACGGCUCUUCCACGCUCUGCUUGUUCGCUCCCCCCCGCUCCCGCUGUCCCCGGGGGGAGGCGGCGGGGUGGCAGCGGGGCGGUGGCAGCGGCGCUCGGGGGAGGCGGCACCCGCCUUCUCGCUCGGUCACCUCCGGCACCGUCCCCGCCGCGCAGGGAAAGCGGCGGCAGCUGAAGGGAGAGGACGCAUCGCCUUGCCGCGAGCAGGAGGAGGAGGAAGGAAGCCAAGGCACGGUAGCGUGAGUCGCUCGGAUGGGGACCAGCCACCUUCCACCCUGAGGAUGAGCCGCUGCAGUCGUCUGCCAGGAGUCCUGCCAGAGCACCCGCAUCCGUCGGCAACAGGUGUCAAGACCCUGCACAGCAGCGGCAGUGUCUGCCCACAGUAUGUCAUGCAGGUGUCGACCAAAGAUGGGCAGCUUCUUUCCUCCGUUGUGCGGACACUGGCCACGCAGAGCAGCCCCUUCUAUGACCGGCCAAUGUGUAGGAUCUGCCAUGAAGGCAGCAGUCGGGAAGACCUUCUUUCCCCCUGUGAUUGUACGGGGACACUGGGGACUAUUCACCGCAGCUGCCUGGAGCGUUGGCUGUCAUCUUCAAACACCAGCUACUGUGAACUCUGUCACUUCAGGUUUGCAGUGGAGCGCAAACCCAGACCGUUGCUAGAGUGGCUGAGGAAUCCAGGCCCCCAGCAUGAGAAACGGACUCUCUUUGGAGACAUGGUGUGUUUCUUGUUUAUCACUCCAUUGGCUACCAUCUCUGGCUGGUUGUGUCUACGUGGAGCAGUGGACCAUCUGCACUUUAGUAGUAGGCUAGAAGCUGUUGGCCUCAUUGCACUCACCGUUGCACUCUUCACUAUUUACCUCUUCUGGACCCUGGUAUCCUUUAGGUAUCACUGCAGAUUAUACAAUGAAUGGCGUCGGACCAAUCAGCGGGUGAUACUCCUAAUCCCCAAAUCUGCCAAUGUCCCCUCCAACCAGCAGUCCUUGCUGGGCCUGCAGUCCCUCAAAAGGAACUCAAAGGAGACAAUCGUUUGAUUUGGGCAGUUCUGCACAGGAGCCAUGCACUAAAAAUUUUUUCCUCAAACUCACUGGGGUCAGACACUAUCCAGAACCCAGGAGUGUGCUAUCCCUAUUUACAGACUCUUUAAAGAGGAAUACACUGUUUGAAUUAAGAUCAUGGAUGCUGCAAUCAUAUGAUAUUUGCUAAGCUGCCAGAUUUGUUAAUGUAGCAGAUACCAUAUGGAAUUCUACAAACUCAUGUUAAUACGUCCAUUAUCAAGUGAUGCAACCUUUUUUAUUGUUUAAAAUAUUAAACCAUGAUAAUUAACAAUGCAAAACAGGUUUAAAAAGUGAUUUUUUUUUUUUAAUAAUUUCCUGUUCCUACAGCUUUAUUUCUUUAGGUAGCUGGACAUUAACCAGUGCUGUUUUUCUUUUUCUUUCCUAAAGCACAGCAAUGGUAUUCCUCCUGUUAAUUUUAUUUGAAGGUCCUUUAUAUCAACAUUUUUUGUUACUGCAUGGUGUGUAAUGAGUUCUACAAAGUGGCAUAUUAUUUAAAUCUAUAAAGAAUCAGAAAAUUAUCUUCUUUGCUACUUACUUAGUAGGGAAAUUAUGAUAGGAAAAUUAUUCAUUAAUAAAUUUAUCAUGUACAAAAGAAAGAAAUUACACAAAUUGCAAAAUUCUUUCUAUUUAAAAGUAGUCUAGCAUGUAGUGCUCAAGAAAAAAUUGUACUUUUUGCACUCAGAAGUAACAAAUUAGGCACCACAUUCUGUACUACAGUGCGCAUUCUCCUGGCAUAAAUUCAAACUUAGCCAAUUUACUUUGCAUUUAUACCAAGCUGAAUUUAACCCUAAUUGUAGAACCUUUUGUAAGGAAAAUUCUGCAUACAUAACGAAUGAGAUCAUUAGACACGUUUUAGGAAGCAGGAACUUGUCUUGCAUAAAAAUCAGCAUUAUUUUAAAGCUGUGGAAUUUUCAGCUUGACAGGUAGAUUUAUCAGAAUGUAUGUAAAUGCUGACUUCAUUGUAGCACGGAGACCAAGGCUCUUUCCUAAAACAGUAAUAUACCACCUGUUAUGGUGAUCAAACUGAUUGAAGUGUAAAGACCAGAUUUUAUUCCUGGGCAACAUUAUCUAUUUCACAUUGGGUUUAUGCGCAGUUCAUUCAGAAAUUCUUCAGUCUCAGAAAAGACAUAAACUUAUUUUACAGAACUACACAAAAUGUCACUAACAAAUGUUGCUAGAAUUAGAAACUGAAACUUAGCCCCUUUGAAUACAUGAAUUUUUUUAGAAGCCUAUAUAGAAGGUAAUGUCACUAUGGGCUUUGUUUUCUAAACUCCGUAGGUACUGAAAAUAAAAAGGAACACAGAGCAAGAAGGCUAAUAAUUUAGAAGUCAGAUAGUUCAAGGUAUUAUGCGUGUUCCCCAUCACAAAGAGCUUAUUUGAUGUUGUGUGUGCUCCAUAGGAGAGAAAGCUAGUACACAAAACCAAAUCUCUUUGUUUUAUUCUGUCUUUGGACCUGUCAAUCUUUAGUCAUGUUAUAUAACAACAUUCUUCAUAACUGUUGAUUUCAUGAAGAUAUAAGAAUCAACUACAUAUAUAAAGCAAUAACAGCCUCAUUCAGACAUAAAGCUAAUUUCGCAACAAGGCAAGAUGUGUAAGAAAAUAAUGAACUUGCAGAUCCAUACCCAUUAGUCUGACAAUAAGAUCGAGGGCUAGACAUACAUUUGGAAGUGAAUAUCUGCUUCUCUCCCAGAGAAAGCUGGGAAAAGAUUCGGAAAACAUGGCUUACCACAAACUCUGUGAUGGCCUAAAACCUGCAGUGUUUUGUUUUUGUUUUUUUUUUUAACCAUCUUCCCAAAGGCAACUAUCUGGAUAAAAGAGUCAACAUGCAUGUAAGUAGAGAGUUCCAAGUGAAAAGCAAACCUGCUAGCCAGGGGCACAGAAAUACAGCACGUCUUGCUGGGUCAGGACACUGUUACACAGUGUGUUAAUACCUACACAUUUGCUUCAGAAUUCUGUUUUUACUUCCACUUCUUUGGAAGAUACCCCAGAAAGAUGGCCGACAAAAGAAGCAUUAUUCUUAAGUACUAUUCUUGGUUUUGUUUCAUGAGAGGAAAAAAACCAAAAAAGAUACAAAAUUAAGUAAGAACUAUGAAGAUAAAACCAUUAUUCAAAUCAAACAGCAUACGUGCACACAGAUCAGCAUAGUGACUUGGCCCGGCUUGCCUGUGUUAUUACAUAUUUAACUUGUUCUUUAAAAACAGAUUAAUUAAUUGGAAAAAAAAAAUAUUGAAGCCGCCAAAGAGAAAUUCCUAUUCCAGUUUUUCUGCUUGAUGCACAAAUAGUGCAAAACUGACUGGUAAAGUCACUACUUUCCCAUGUGUUUUCUUGAGAGAAAAAAAUGCCAAAAAACAUCCAGUCCCACACUUAGCCUUUUGAAUGAAACCCAUGGGAAAAAAGCAUACUUCAUAUUCUUCUUUGGUUUUCCUAAAACAUAAGAACAUAAAGGUGGAUGAUACUUAUUUCCACUUCUGUUCUGAAUCGAGUCUUGGAGACAGAAUACUCUUCCUGACAAGUAUUGCUUUUACUUCCACUAAUUCAGGCUGUGGUUGCCACACCAAGUCCAUAUUCAACUAACAAUUUUAGAACUGGAUCGUUACAGCAAAUAUUCUACAAGAGCAGCAAUACUCAUUUUUGUCUGAAUAGAUGUGAAAGGCAAAAUUAACUGCAGCAGUAGCGAUGGUACCUACUACAGCUAGCAAAGCUUUUGGCAGUACAAUGACAUCUUUGUUAUGCUGUCCUUAUAGAGGUCCCAGUUAAGUAAAAAUAAGUUAACUAAUGAAAGGAUGGGGGAGGUGUCUUUUUUUUCGAUUCUCAUGCAGCUGGCCUUGCCGUUUACAUUCCUUUUCCCUGUAAGUUAUAUAGAAGGAACAAUACUCAAGCCAAUGUCUUGAGCUACAAGUGAUAAAAGCAGCAGGAACUUAAGCCAUUAAAAAAACCCUAAGAAGCUGCAGACAUAAUACAGUCUUGUUCCUUCUUUUCACAUCUUGCUUGUUGAUGAUGGAGAUUGCCAUACCCAGAGUCCUCUACAAUUCAGUAUUAAUGAUAAGCGCAAUGUGAAUUGGAAAAGUUUUACUACUUCUACAUAGACUAGUCUCGCAGGGACUAUCACAUUACAUAAAACAGCAAACACGAGAAAAUUAAUGUAAGGUUAAACAGUGGUAUUUGACAAAAUGACAAUGCUGAGAAGGUACAAGAUGCCACAGCCAGAAGCUACAUGAGUCCUCACUUCCUAUCACAAUGAGGAGAAUAAAACAAAGGAAGCAGCAGUAUAAAACCCUUAGGAAGAAGGAGUGAAAGCACAUUCAGUGGUAGAAGAAACUGAUACAGAAGAAUGUAAUUGGAGACUUAGAAAUACCCUAGCCUUCCGUUAACUGUAGGGAAGUCACAGCAUAAAUAUUAUUAAAGCAAAUUCAGGUUUUUUUGAUUUGUUAGGGUUUUUUUUUUACUUGAAUCUGUUAGUUCUACCAGACUGUGACUUCAAUCUGUCAUUUACAUUUAUUAAAAUGAGUUUUGCAUCAGCUUCACAAUAGGAAGUCACACAGUGCAAUGUAUCAACUCAGUACAUAAAAGAAAUUAGGGCCAACAUAUGCAACUGGCCUUCGAUGCAAUGGAUGCCAUCAGGAGAGAUGAAAAUCUACUGUGGGAAAUCCUUAUGCUUUAAAAGAGCCACUCCUUCCAAAUGAAGGUAAGUUCAAAAAAUUCAGCUGUUAAUAAUUAAGCUCUUCAUCUGUUUUUGUUUGAGACCA